ACCAAUUCUGACAGUCAUGUUAUUGUUUACAGUUAGACAGUGACACAGCAAGACCUGUCAGCACCCGGCAACCUCGGCCUGUCUCUACGAGAUGGAUCAUUUUUAACUUUUCAUUAAAUAGUAUCUAACUUGUAGUUAUAACUCUAACAAUUCCACGAUAAGGUUUUUAUUUUUGAAGUUGUUCCGAAAGUUUUGUUUGCUAGCUACCGGUAAGCUAGCUAGCCGGCAGCUCUUGGUGGAUUUGAGUCAGUUUACUUUAUGCUAGUUUAGCUACAGUUGUGAUUUUGAACGAAUUCCUUUGUAUCAUCAUGGACCAAACUGACUCUUAUCCAGUGAAAUUGUACAUUUACGACCUGUCCAGAGGCAUGGCCCGCCAGCUGAGCCCUGUCAUGCUAGGGAAACAGCUUGACGGAAUAUGGCACACUGCUAUUGUGGUCCAUGGAAAGGAGUUCUUCUUUGUAGGAGAAGGCAUCAACAGUUGUUCCCCUGGUGGCACCCCCUUGGGUCAGCCAAACUCCAUUGUGGACCUCGGCUCCACAGAGGUGCCUGCAGAGAUCUUCAUGGAUUACCUGACGUCACUUUCGGAGUCCACAUACGGAAGUGACAAGUACAACCUGUUUGAGCACAACUGCAAUGUUUUUAGCAACGAGGUGGCACAGUUCCUCACGGGUAAAAAGAUCCCAUCGUACAUCACUGACCUUCCAUCUGAAGUGCUAUCCACGCCUUUUGGCCAGGCUCUCCGUCCUUUACUGGAUUCCAUCAUCAUAAACCCUGGAGGGAACAACAUAACUGGACAGCGAUAGACAGGGCUGUGCACAUUAAAGAAAAUGCUCUCAUUUACGGGUUUGAGCAAGAGCGGGACUCUCACCAUCAGCCACCAGCCAAACCAUGAUAACAUCUCUGUCUGUGGUUGAUCCUUGCUAAAAGUCACUUUUGCAGCUAACCAGCCACCACUCUUUUUUCAGUUUAAUGUUCAGCUUCUGCAUAUUCUACAUAUCUGAGGGUUUAACUUGGCGUAUAAAUAGCUCUUAUCUUAUCAGCAAAGCCUGAUUAAUCAUACCUUAUUGUGCUCUUACCAAACAUCGGCCUCGUCUUUCACACUUUUUGUCACCAUAUCAAUGCCGGCCGACAGCUUGGGAAAGACAGUGGAGUGUAAUGCCUCCACAUUUCCCCUCAUCACUUUGUCUCCCUGUGGUCACUCACGCAGGCUUCAUACAUUUUUGUUUAGCACACACAUCUGGGCUUCUGAGUUCAGAGCCUCUCUUUGGGAUUUUCAUUACAGUUUAUCACAAGUACCCUGAUAUUUGGCCAAAGUUGUGCUUCAUUUAGCUUUUUUCAUGUCAGUUAAUGGAUCUUAUAAUGUCUCCAGGGCUACAUGUUCUGUUAUUAGCUGAUUUUUUUCUGUAUCAAAAUGCACAGUGAUUGAACCAUUCUCCCAACCAUUCUUCUUUUUAACAUAUCAUUAACAUACAUUCCCGUUUUGAUUGUUUUCCCUGUGGUCAUUAAUUCGACAGGGCUAACUGAAAGUUCAAAGGACAGUAAAGCAGUUCUGCAGGCCUUUCUGUAUAUCCAAUGUUUUAGAAAAUACACUUUGACCAAAUCUAAAGAGUUAUCUCAAGUGUCCAUGUGUGUAACCUCUGAGCUGCUUGUUUCACUCAGGAACAUCUCAUGACCACAGAGCACAGGAUUGUGUUUUUUAUAGAAGAGGACCAACUGUGUACAUCUUUCAGUUGCUUCACCUGCCAAGACUUAGUAUUUGAAUACUGGAAUAUUGUACUAUUUGUAUUUGCUCUGCGGAGCCUAGCAUAAUGAAUUUUAUAUACAGCAGAUGUGGUGCCAGGUGCCAACAGCCACUGAUCCCUCCUUAAAGAAAAGCAUAUAUUUUUGAUGCCAUCAGUCUAUUCUGUUUAUACUCUUAUCAGGACAGUUGCUUUUCCUGAAUGGUUUCUUUGGAAUUGUUAUUUUCAAUAUACUUACUGUUAGUAUUGUUUAACCUAAUGUUACUACACCUACGUGAACGUGCUUGAAGGAUGUUUGCAGAUUGUAAGAAAGUAUUAAAUUUGAACUUGAAAUUGAAUUUCACAUACAUGCACAUGGCCUCUAAAAUCACUCAUAACUCCUUUAAAUUGGAUUGUAUAAGGAUGUUGUAUUUUUGGCGCUGCAGUGAAAAAGGCCUGUUGCAGAUAAACUAAACUUCCCUGUUGAUGACCAGUCAUACUGACCUGCAGAGAGAAAUCAGUAGACUGACACCUUAUUUAUACAAACAAUUGUAUUAAUCAUGUUAAUAUAAAGGGCUUAUCAAUACUAGAUUUUGACACCCUGCACUCAUGUUAAAUGUGUGACAUUAAAGUAUCCUUUAUUUCUUGA